UUGAAAUAUUCUUUAUAUAAAGAGGGGGAAAAAAAAGAAACAGUCGCAAGCAGAGAUGAAGAGAAUCCCUCGCAUCAAAUUUCCUCAAAGGCAUCCCAAAUCCUCCUCCGGUGCUGCAUCUCAGCAUCAAGAAACAUCUGCUGUGGGAGAUGCUUCUCAAACAUUUUUCUCAAGGUCUCCAUCCAACAUGUCGGUGGGAGGAAAGGCUUCCGACCAACCCAAAAGGACACCGGUGUCUCAAGAAGAGAUCGAGGCUAUCUUGUUGGGCGGCUGUAUCUGAACAUCUCACGGAAUCUUGCAUUGAAGAACAACAUUAUAACUAGUUCUUGGCUUUCGUAUCCAUCCUUUCAUGUCUGGAGAAUUCCGACUUGAGUCCUUUUUCUUGAAACUUUAUGAGCCUGCUAUCUCGUUGAUUGAUUGUUUGUACACAAAAGGAGAGGAAAUAAGAUACGUGAAUUAGUUAUCUAUUCUUGUCCUGAUUUGGAUUAAGUUGGAGAUUAUGGAAGUGAAUGAAUUUCUGGCUUGA